GGGCCGCGCGCGCGGGCUGCUCUCGCGGCGGUCAGUCGGAGCGAGCUCGCAGGCCUAGUCGCCAGCGGCCAGUGCUGGUAAGAACUCUGUCGCCAUACAUUUUGAGGAACUCGACUCAGUUCUUAGUUACACUUUCUCUAGCUGAUCAUUUUUAUGUGUGACCGCUGUAGGUAGUGCAGUGAUGGUGUUGUGGUUGUUGUUGUCGGCGGCGGCGGCGGCGGCGGCGGCGGCGGGGGCGCUGCUGCCGCACACGCCGGAGCGCCUGCGCGCCUCGGUCGGGGGCUUCGCCGUCAUGAACUGCCAUCUCGACUUCCCCUUCGGCAACGAGAUCCCCUACCACCUGCAGUGGGACAAAGAUGGUGAGAUGGUGCUAUCCUGGCUGAGCGGGUGGGAGGCGCCGGCGGUGGGCGAGCGCUGGGGGGGGCGCGCGCGGCGCGUCUCGGCGGCGGCGGCGGCGGGCGGAGCGCUCGGCGGUGGCAGCCUCAACGUGUCGUCGGUGCGCGAGUCGGACGCCGGCCUCUUCCGCUGCCGCGUCUCCUUCCCCAACCGCAGCCCGCCCGCGCGCAACAACGGCACCUUCUACUACCUCGACGUCGACGGUGGCACAGUGAUAGCGGCGCCGCCGGUGAACGUGACGGUGGUGGAGGGCGAGCGCGCGGAGCUGGAGUGCGGCGCCAAGGAGCCGGCGGCGGCGGUGGCGUGGAGCCGCGGCGGGGGGCCGCUGCCCGCGCUGGCCGAGCUGCCGCCCAACGGCUCGCUGGUGCUGCCCGCCGCGCUCGCCGCCGACGCCGGCCUCUACCAGUGCUCCGUGCGCCACGAGGACCGCCACCAGACCGCAGAGGCCUACCUGGAUGUACAAUAUAAAGCGAAAGUGAUAUACGCCCCGGAGGAGCGGUACCUGCCGCUGGGCAAGCCAGCGAGCCUGGACUGCCACUUCAGCGCCAACCCGCCGCUCACCAACCUGCGCUGGGAGAAGGACGGCUUCCUGUUCGACCCCUACAACGUGCCCGGCGUCUUCUACAGCCGCAACGGCAGUCUGCUGUUCAAUAGAGUGGACGAGUCGCACGAGGGCCAGUACUCGUGCACGGCGUACAACGCGCUGGGGUCGUCGGGCCCGUCGCCGCGCGUGCGCGUGCGCGUGCAGCGGCCGCCCGCGCUGCUGGCGCGCCCGCAGCCGCUCUACCUGGCGCGCCUCGGCCAGCCGCUGGCGCUGCCCUGCGCCGCCGCGCACCAGCCGCACCACGAUCCGCCGCUAAUCAUCUGGACCCGAAAAGACGGGUCGCCCUUGCCUGCUGAGCGAUUCACGCUGGAGGAGGGCAAGCUGAGCAUCAGCGCCGUGGCGGAGGAGGACCGCGGCGUGCUGGUGUGCACCGUGAGCAACGAGGCGGCCGACGUCAGCGCCGAGACCGAGCUGCUCAUCGAGAACCUGCCGCCGCGCGCGCCCUACAACCUCACCGCGCGCCCCGCCGCGCACGCCAUACACCUCGCCUGGGUGCCUGGCAGACGCGGCGUGGACGCGGAGUACACGGUGUGGUACCGCGAGCGCGCGGCGCACGAGUGGCGCACGCUGAGGCUGCUGUCGCGCGGCGUCACCGAGGCGUCGCUGACGGGGCUGCGUUCCGCCACGCCGCACGAGCUGCGCGUGCUGGCCACCGACAGCCUGGGCGACGGCCUCUUCAGCAAGCCCCUCUUCGUCACCACCCUAGAUCCCGACGUUGACGAAAGCGAAGCGGCGUUCGUGGCGGCCGUGACGGAGACGGGUGACGGCGCGGCCACCGCCGGCGACGACGAGCUGGAGGACGACGGCGCCGACGCGGCGCACGAGCCGAUAGCGGACGCGGGUGCGGCGAGGCUGGAGGUGACGGUGCGGCUGCUGGACGCGGCGGCGCUGGUGCGCUGGGCGGGCGCGGGCGCGGGCCGCUGCGACGUGCGCUGGUACCGCGACGAGCCCGCCGGCCGCCGCCUGCUCGCCACCGCGCACACGCACCACGACCAUCUGCUAGUGAGCUCGGUGGAGGAGGGCGCGCGGUACUGGGCGGGCGUGCGGUGCGGCGCGGCGGCGGGCGGCGCGGGCGUGGCGGUGCCGGCCUACGCGCGCCUGCGCCUCGUGGCGGGAGUGUGCGCGGGCGCGGCGCUGCUGCUGGCCGCCGCCGCCGCCGCGCUCGUGCUCCUGCGUCGCCGCCUGCCCUGCGCCCGCGCACGCCGCUCCAGCCCCACCCCCGCGCCGCAGCUGCCGCCGCCGCCGCCCAAGCGACGAUACUGAUGAACUCUUAAACCUAAACAUCAGCGAGUACAAAAUCGAUAGGAUUCCAGCCUAGUCUUUUAGUUUUGGUAAGCUUAUGUUUUGAGCUUGCAAAAUUGCCACGAUAAAAGUUGACAAGUAUUUACCUACAUUACCUAAAUUUAAUAUCAUCGGGAGGCGGGAGAUCGAAGUGCAUAAAAACGGUUUCAAAAUCAGUGUAACCUUACUUGUAAGUUAGUACGACCGAGUGUAAAGGCCGGUUGCAUCGACCACAUCUGACAUACACAUCAUCGCCACGCAGCAGACGUCUAUGGAACUUCCCAUACCAUCUAGACACGCGGUAGCGUGUCACGCCAAGUUCAGGUAAAAGAACUGGCGAGCAGCAUGCACCGUGUGUAAUAUUACACGAACCAUUUGGAGCCACCUUUGACCCCCUCAUAACUCCAAAACUAUUUCUCAUAUAUUGACACUUGCGAGAUACAUAUGUGCCCCAAAUUUCAUAAACACAUCUCAAACGGUUGUUUAGAUAACGUCCAAAAAUCGUCAUUUCUAUCAUAUAUAUACCUAUAGACAUAAACUCUAACCCAGUUCCAGAUGACCUAGAAAGUUCAAAUUUGGCAUGAUGAUUUGAUAAUAGAUAAUUAUGUGAAUACACCGAAAAAAUUAGAAAUGGGUAAAUUUUUAUCAUUUUCUAAAAGUGAUAUGUUCAGUAAAAACAUGUUUAGUUCAACCGGGGCUUACUAGAUGGCGCUAGUAGUCCUAGAUCUUCUAUUAAACUUAUUGAAUAUUAAUAAGCGUUCCCGUUGCCUUAAAAUACCUACAAAAAGUAAUGAUAUCCCAUCAAAAACAUAAAUGUGAAAUGAGAGCUAAGUUCAAUAAUAUGACAUAUGACUUGUGUAGUGUAUAGGUAGGUGUCUCGAGUACAUAUGGUAGUCGGUGUCCGAGAGAGAUAGAGGACGGACGUGCGGUGUGUAUUGGCGAGCCAACCCAAUGUAUAUAGUGUAAUAGUGUGACAUUACAAGUGGCGACGAGGAUGGGCUUGUUUGCACUUGGUUGUUCACUUCAACGAAAAAAUAAGUGAUAUCUAAAUGGGUGCCAAGUUCAAUGGUCAGUCCUGAAGUUUAUUUAUAACAACAUAAAAUACUUUUAUUAUAGGACCAAUGCCGCAAUCGCAAAAAAAAUUGUCUGUUUCAUACCAUUCGACUGUCAUGAUACCGGUAUCAUGAUACCGGUCAUUUCUAUGGAACAGCCAAAUUUUUAUUCGCGAUUUCGGCAUUGGUCCUAUUUUUUCGUUGAAGUGAACAACCAAGUCAUAUGUCAUAUUAUUGAACUUGGCUCUCAUUUCACAUUUAUGUUUUUGAUGGGAUACAAUACAAUUUAACGGACGCUUUAACGGUGACAGAUGCAACCGGCCCUAUGUGUUAUAUGUUAUAUAUUUAAGUAGGGGAGGCUCGGAAAUGGUUAAAUUUUCAAUGUGCUCCCGCUAGCCCGUCCGUCGGUCUUUGAAUAAAGGAACCGCAAUAAAUGAGGAUUAUAACGCCGUGUCUUGCGUGGGCGACGGUCGUGCGACCGUCGCCGUCGCGUCUCAUACUUCCAUAUCGAUAAGGUUUGAUUUCGUAUGCGUCGCAUCGCCGUCGCGAGACCAUCGCGCGACCGUCGCCCACGCAAGCCACGGCGUAAUAAAGUUCUCAAAUAUUUCGCGUUCUUAUAAAACCAGUAUUUACCGCUACUUUUAAAACCCGCUUCCGAGCCUUGUGAGUAGGUACCUAAUAAGUACUAAUAUAUCCGAAAUAUUCCCUAGUCAGCUCCCUUAUUAGUUCUCUCGAUUGAGAUCUAAAUACAGUCACAUGUUACCUAUUGCAUAAGUAUCUAAUCUACGCCUUGUAGAAAUUAGUAGGUACCUAAAUUAUUUGGCUUCUCGAAUAUAAUUUUAUUUUUUUAUUUAUGUAAAUAAAAGAUAAGAAUAAUAGACUAGAUAUCGAAUCCU